CCCGGACGGGCGGAAGCGGAAGUGCCGGCCCGGAGCCCGUGCUAGGCGGGUGUCCCUUCGGCGCUGCCCAGCCGCCGCCUGCACCAGCCAUGGACUGCUACACGGCGAACUGGAACCCGCUCGGGGAUUCUGCUUUUUACCGGAGCUCCUGCCAUCCUCGGACACUUGCCCAACGAACCACGUCCUGCCCUGCCAACAGCCUCUGCUCCAUCACCUGCUGUCCCUAAGCAUGCAUGUGGAAGUAUGAGCUGUACAGCAUGGACUGGGACCUGAAGGAGGAACUCAGGGACUGCCUGGUAGCCGCUGCGCCCUAUGGGGGCCCCAUUGCACUGUUGAGGAACCCGUGGCGGAAGGAGAAGGCGGCCAGCAUACGGCCAGUGCUUGAGAUCUUCUCUGCCUCUGGCCUGCCUCUGGCCAGUCUACUGUGGAAGAGUGGGCCCGUGGUGUCCCUAGGCUGGUCAGCUGAGGAGGAGCUGCUCUGCGUGCAGGAAGAUGGUGUAGUGCUGGUCUAUGGGCUUCAUGGCGACUUCCGGAGACACUUCAGCAUGGGCAAUGAGGUGCUCCAGAACCGGGUCCUAGACGCCCGGAUCUUCCAUACUGAGUUUGGUUCGGGGGUGGCCAUCCUCACUGGGGCCCACCGCUUUACGCUCAGCGCCAAUGUGGGUGAUCUCAAACUUCGCCGGAUGCCGGAGGUGCCGGGUCUGCAGAGUGCACCCUCGUGUUGGACCACACUGUGCCAGGACCGAGUUGCACACAUUCUUCUGGCCGUGGGGCCUGAUCUUUACCUCCUUGACCAUGCAGCCUGCUCGGCAGUGACGCCCCCUGGCCUGGCCCCCGGAGUGAGCAGUUUCCUGCAGAUGGCAGUCUCCUUCACCUACCGCCAUCUGGCACUCUUCACAGACACAGGCUACAUCUGGAUGGGGACGGCAUCACUCAAGGAGAAGCUGUGUGAGUUCAACUGCAACAUCCGGGCCCCCCCCAAGCAGAUGGUCUGGUGCAGCCGUCCUCGGAGCAAAGAGAGGGCUGUCGUGGUGGCCUGGGAGAGGCGGCUAAUGGUGGUGGGUGACGCACCUGAGAGCAUCCAGUUUGUGCUGGAUGAAGAUUCCUACCUGGUGCCUGAGCUGGAUGGGGUCCGCAUCUUCUCUUGUAGCACCCACGAGUUCCUGCAUGAGGUUCCAGUGGCCAGCGAGGAGAUCUUCAAAAUUGCCUCGAUGGCCCCUGGAGCACUGUUGUUGGAGGCCCAGAAAGAGUACGAGAAAGAGAGCCAGAAGGCAGAUGAGUACCUACGGGAGAUCCAGGAGCUGGGGCAGCUGACCCAGGCCGUGCAGCAGUGCAUCGAGGCUGCGGGACAUGAGCAUCGGCCAGACAUGCAGAAGAGUCUGCUCAGGGCGGCCUCCUUUGGAAAGUGUUUCCUCGACAGAUUUCCACCUGACAGCUUCGUGCGCAUGUGUCAGGACCUGCGUGUGCUGAAUGCCAUUCGGGACUACCACAUUGGGAUCCCUCUCACUUAUAGCCAAUACAAGCAGCUCACCAUCCAGGUGCUGCUGGACAGGCUGGUGUUGAGGAGGCUUUACCCCCUGGCGAUCCAGAUCUGUGAGUACCUGCGCCUUCCUGAAGUGCAGGGCGUCAGCAGGAUCCUGGCCCACUGGGCCUGCUACAAGGUGCAACAGAAGGAUGUGUCCGACGAGGAUGUUGCUCGGGCCAUUAACCAGAAGCUGGGAGACACACCAGGCGUCUCUUACUCCGACAUUGCUGCGCGGGCCUAUGGCUGUGGCCGCACGGAGCUGGCCAUCAAGCUGCUGGAGUAUGAGCCACGCUCUGGGGAGCAGGUACCCCUUCUCCUAAAGAUGAAGAGAAGCAAACUGGCACUGAGCAAGGCCAUCGAGAGUGGAGACACUGAUCUGGUGUUCACGGUGUUGCUGCACCUGAAGAAUGAGCUAAACCGAGGAGACUUUUUCAUGACUCUUCGGAACCAGCCCAUGGCCCUGAGUUUGUACCGACAGUUCUGUAAGCAUCAGGAGCUAGAGACACUGAAGGACCUUUACAAUCAGGAUGACAACCACCAGGAGCUGGGCAGCUUCCACAUCCGAGCCAGCUAUGCUGCAGAGGAGCGUAUCGAGGGGCGAGUCGCGGCUCUGCAGAUGGCAGCUGACGCCUUCUACAAGGCCAAGAAUGAGUUCGCAGCCAAGGCCACGGAGGAUCAAAUGCGGCUCCUGCGGCUGCAGCGGCGCCUGGAAGAUGAGCUGGGGGGCCACUUCGUGGACCUGUCUCUGCACGACACGGUCACCACCCUCGUCCUCGGCGGCCACAGCAAGCGCACAGAGCAGCUGGCACGUGACUUCCGCAUUCCGGACAAGAGGCUCUGGUGGCUGAAGCUGACCGCCCUGGCGGAUCUGGAAGACUGGGAGGAGCUAGAGAAGUUUUCUAAGAGCAAGAAAUCGCCCAUUGGCUACCUGCCCUUUGUCGAGAUCUGCAUGAAACAACACAACAAAUAUGAGGCCAAGAAGUAUGCCUCCCGCGUGGGUCCUGAGCAGAAGGUCAAGGCCUUGCUUCUCGUUGGGGAUGUGGCUCAGGCCGCAGAUGUGGCCAUUGAGCACCGGAACGAAGCAGAGCUGACUCUUGUGUUGUCCCACUGCACUGGAACGGCAGACGCGGCCACGGCCGACAAGAUUCAGCGGGCUAGGGCACAAGCCCAGAAGAAGUGAAGGGCUCACCCUCUACGUCACCCUGCGCUCUAGGCUUGGCAGAAGCGUCACUGCUUAUCCAGCUUCUUUAGAGCUGAGCUAAACCUAGGAGCUGGGGUGGGGUGGGAGCCGGGGGUCUGAUUGUAAAUAAAGUUGGGACAUUUUA